AUGCAUCAACCCACCUCGGCCGUCGGCUUCUCACCGAUUUCGCCCAGCUUCAAUUCGUACUCCACCUCCUCCGACGAAACCCUCGCCGAGAUCGCCGUACGCGUCGUCCAGGAGCUCUCCCUCGGCGACGGCGACGACUCUGCCCUCGACUUCUACUCAUGGGAGGAGCCAGACCAAAACCAGGAAGAAGAAGAAGAAGAAGAUGAAGCUGAAACGACGCCGCAUCAUGGACAGAGCAGCAGCGACGACGAGGAAGAAGAGGAGUUUGAAUUCGCAGUUGUGGGCAGAGAGGCGGUUGCUUCCCCAAUUUCAGCCGACGAGAUCUUCUACAACGGCCAGAUCAGGCCCCUCUACCCGCUAUUCAACACCGAUUUGCUCCUUUUCGACUCUAAAGCGGCGCCGGCGCCGGCGCCCGCGAAGCCUGUACGCGGUCGGCGCCCGCAGCUGAAGAAGCUCUUCAAACAAGAGGAGGGGGGCGACGGUAGCGAUACGGAUUCCUCGGAGGAAUUGGAGGGCCUGCCGGAGGGGACGUACUGCGUGUGGAACCCUAAAAAGCCGGAGACGGCACCGGAGAUUCGCAAGAAGAGCAAGUCCACCGGGAACGAUUCCAAGAGGUGGAAGUUCAGGGACCUGCUUUACCGGAGCCACAGCGACGGUAAGGACUCGUUCGUGUUCCUGGCUCCCAAGAAGGCGGCGGCGGCCGGCGGUGGAGAUAAGAUUAAGGGCGGAGAGAAGGAAUUGAAAGAGGGAGGAGAGAAACAGAAACGGUAUGUGAAGAAAGAUGGAGAGCAACGGCGGCGGCCGUACCGGCAGGACGCGGCGGGGCUCUUCUCCAACAUCAGCGGCGUGAGCCGGAAUCUUCACCCAUUUUGA